CCUGCAUUCUUUAAUCUUCAUAAACAAACAGCUAUGGUAAAGUGAAGUUUCAUUGCCCAGAGCUAAAGAAAGUAUAUAUAUCCUCUCCAUUUACUUUCUUGCUACCCAAGAAAUUAAAAGCAGAUGGCAGAUACAGCGUUGAAUCUUCUGGUGGAGAACCUCUUGGAUUCAGUAAGAAAAAAAGCGAAGUUAAUUGCAGAAAAUUCGAAGCUGCAGAUUGCUGGUUUAGAGGAUGACUUUUUACAUCUUGAGGAAGAAGUUCAACGCCUACGAGCGCUCCUAAAAGUUGCUGCACAAUGGCAGAUAAAUAGCAGUAAGUGGAAACAGUUGGUCAAUAAGGACAUCCGAUUUGCGGUACAUAAAGCUGAGGAUGUCAUUGAUGUCUUCGCGAUUAGGGCGCAGCGUUGCCUUGAGAGCGGCUUUGGAGUUCUCGGAUUUCUUAGUAUAAGAAGAGACUCAGUCAGGAAUCUUGCAACUAAGAUCGACGGCCUCAAUGAGAAGGUGAAGGAAUUUCUUCAAAACAAUCAACCAGCAGUUCAGCCGGAAACAAAUUCCCAGGAGCUGCAGGAUCUUCCACUCAAGGAAAACGAAGUUGUUGGCUUAGAAGAAGAAGCAGAAAAAGUGAUCAAGCGACUUGUUGAAGGAUCUGAGGAGCUCAAUGUUGUCCCUGUUGUAGGUAUGCAUGGACUUGGUAAAACAACAUUGGCAAUAAAAGUUUUUAACGAUCCUCAGAUUUUAAAUCAAUUUGACAGCAGAAUAUGGGUUUAUGUUGGCCAAUCAUAUGAAAUAAAGGAUAUCUUUAUCAAUAUCCUCACAUGUUUCAUAGAUCGCAUUGAAGAAUACCAAGACAAAGAUGUGAAUGAAAUAGCUAAGGUAAUAUGUGAUUUUGUGCCUAAAGAAGGUAAAUGUCUCAUUGUCUUGGACGAUGUCUGGGCAAUAGGUGUUGUCGAUUUUGUCAAGAAAACUUUCCCUGAAAACAGCAAAGGACACCGGAUCAUGAUGACCACUCAUAGGCAAGAUGUGGCUAGUUGUGCCAAUCCAAAUCCUCACGAUCUAAAAUUUCUGACCCAGACGGAAAGUUUUCUAUUGUUGAAAAGCAGAGUUUUCGGUACUGGAUGUUUUCCUGAAGAAUUAACAGAUCUUGGAGAAAGCAUUGCACAAAAAUGUUGUGGGGUACCACUUGCAAUAAUAGUAAUUGCAGGAGCUUUAAGAGGUCGUAAGGACAAAAACAAUUGGCUCAAAGUUCAGAAAUAUUUUUGGCAGCACCUUAUAAUUAAAAAUGACCCUGUAAGAUGCUGGAAGUUUGUUGAAAUGAGCUACAAUUGUUUGCCCCAAGAAAUGAAGGAGUGCUUCUUGUAUUGCGGAACUUUUCCUCGAGGCUUUGAUAUCCCUGCUUGGAAAUUGAUCCGUCUCUGGAUUGCAGAGGGGUUGAUAAAAUCCAGCCCAGGUUACGCCUUGGAGGAGGUAGCGGAAAAUAAUUUGAACGAGCUCGUCAAUAGAAAUUUAGUGAUGGUGGUACAGAAGAAGUUUGACAGUCAAAUAAAGACAUGUCGUCUUCAUGACAUGGUACAAGAGUUUUGCAAGAUGGAGGCUACUAGAGAAUGUCUUUUUCAUGAAGUAUCUCUAACACCCGAUCAAGCAAUUCCAGAUGAUUCUCGUCGAUUGUGUAUCCCAUCACGUUUUCUAGGUGAUUUUCUGUCCAGAAAACCAUUCGCGGAACAUGUCAGGUCUUUCUUAUGCUUUUCCCCAACCCAGUUGUCUCCGCAUCUAACGAAACUCCUGCACGGAGCGUUUCCACUCUUAAGGGUUUUGGAUGUUGAGCCCAUCAAAAUUCUUUUUUCCAAAGAUUUUUAUAAGCUUUAUCAUUUGAAGUAUAUGGCUUUCUCAGGUGACUUUAUGGCCAUUCCUCCAACAUUUUGUAGAUUUCUGAAUUUACAAACUCUUAUAUUUAAUACAACUAGUAAAAAGGCGCGCUACUUAGAAUCAAGAUGGGAAAUAUGGAACAUGUUACGGUUGAGGCAUCUGCACAGUAACGUUCCUGUACGAUUGCCAAGCCCCAAUAGCCCAAAAGGUGAAAUUUCUUGCCUGCGAACUCUUUCUAUGGUUGCACCAGAAAGUUGCAACAGUUGUGUGCUUGUAAAGGUUGGUAAUCUCAAAAAAUUGAGUAUUAAAGGGAAUAUGGCCCCUUUUUUUUAUAUUAACAAGAAAGGAUUCAGCAAACAUGGAGAGUUAAAGCGCCUGGAAAAUUUGAAACUAUUGAAUGAUGUCUUUACAACGAGUUCAGUGCUUCACCUUCCUCCAAAUUUCUUCAGAUUUGCUCGUACACUAAAGAAGUUAACUUUAUCGGACACAAGGUUUGAUUGGCGUGAGGCAAUUGGACUGGAGCAGCUGGAAUGCCUUGAGGUUCUAAAGUUGAAAGAUGCUUUCACCGGAAAGUCAUGGAAGCUAGAGGUAGGUUUUAGCGAACUCCAAUCCUUGUCGAUUGAUACAGCAGAUUUUGAAACAUGGGAGGCUUCAACUCAUCAUUUCCCAAGACUUAGGCACCUUGUUCUUAUUUACUGCGAUAAACUUGAGGCUGUUCCAGCUACGUUCGCUGAUAUACCUAGCCUUCGAGAGAUGAGGCUUGAAAACACAAGCAAAGCGGUCAGAUCUGCAAAAGAAAUAGAAAGAAAGAAACAAGAGAUGCAAUUUCAAAACAACAUUGAAUUCAAGCUUACUAUAUCUUUCGAUGUUGAUUACAAGGCCACACAAUGAAAAUGAAGUCUCUUGCAGAAAUGCAGGGAGGGAAUCAGAGGAAUGGCACUUAUUCGAGCCUGAGAUCAUAGACAAGUCGAAUGCUCUUUCAUAUGGAGUCAGCCGCAUUUCAUGUUUUCUGCAGGCUAUUCGUGCCUGUUCCAAUAAAAAUCCCGUUUGCGUUUUAUUAUUCUGAAGGCGUAAAUUGUAUGAGCUCCACUUUCUGCUUUAAACACCUUUUCUAGGUUUCAUACCUUUUCAAGUUCUCAAUUAUGUGAAAUUGUUUUCUUUUUGAAUGGUUAAAACAGCUCUGCCUAUCCAGUUUGUUGUGAUGUAUUUAUUUGCUUUACUGUUGUUUUCUCUGCUUAAGCAUGGGUACCAGCCUGAAAGACAUGUUGCUUCAAACAGAUAAACAGCUACGAAUUUUAUUUGGCAUGUGUAAUAUCAGAGAUGAAUUGUGGUUAUCUUCAAA